ACCAUCACUUAUCUAGCAUUGGAUUUCACAUAUCGAUAUUAAUCCAAUCAAGAAUUCAAACUAUAGCAACUUGGGUUAAGUAUUUUCAAGCUUUUGGAAAUAGAUUUCUUCGUACAAAUUAGAAGCUGCAACCUUUUCUUGAUCAGCUCUUUUGCCACUGGUUAGAUCUUGGUAUUAUUGGAGUUACCACAACUGCUAUAUGUGUUUUCUCUUUUUCGAACUGACAACUGUGGUUGUGAACUUAUUAGCUGAAAAGAUGCCUUAGGCUUCCUCAGACUACUGCGAACUCUGCCGCUCUUACAGUCUACGCUCCCUUUUCAUUACUCCCCAUUUACUACCUUAGCUUUUGCUAUAAACUCAUGCAAGAAUCGAACUCUAGCCUCCACUACUUUCGUGUUGCAAUCCCUCUUCGAAAAAUCCCACCUUUCCGCAUUUCAUUCUCUCAGCGUUUAAUCCUUGCGCUUUCAUUUCGAUAAAAAUCUAAUCUUUUUCUCUUUUAUCAUUCGCAUUCUUGUAAAUUUGUUGAUUUCUUGAAUCCAUUGUUUGCAUUUUCUUGGUUGCUGGUUUCUAGCUAGCUUUUUUUAAAUCUGGGGUUUAAACAGCCAUGAUAAAAAUCGAGUCUUUGAGGUUUUCAGUUCUUGUUGUGUGUUUGAUUCAUUUCACUGCGACAUGCAUUGGACAAGAUGAGAGCGUCGGAGCUCCGAUGGUGAGAGCUGAGCAAGAAGCUUUGUAUAAUACUAUUCAAGAUUUUGUUGGAAAAUGGUGGAAUGGUUCUGAUCUUUAUCCAGAUCCUUGCGGUUGGACCCCUAUUCAGGGAGUUUCUUGUGAUUUGUAUGAUGGAUUUUGGUACGUGACUGAUUUAAGCAUUGGACCUGUUCAAGAUAACUCUUUAACAUGUAGACAAGAUGUGGAUUUUAGUCCCAAUUUGUUUGCACUAAGGCAUUUGAAAUCACUAUCCUUCUUCAAUUGCUUUGUGGCGCCUCGCCGCCGUGCCGUCUCGAUCCCGGCCGGGAAUUGGGAGUUUCUCUCUGGAAGUUUGGAAUCGCUCGAGUUCCGGUCAAAUCCCGGCCUCACCGGAACAGUUCCCGAGACUUUUGGGGGGCUCGGGAAUCUUCAAUCUUUGGUGAUUACGGAAAAUGGCCUAAUAGGGCAGCUGCCCGAGAGCAUUGGUAGUUUGGUGGCGUUGAGGCGUUUGAAUCUUGCCAGGAAUUCGUUCACGGGCAGGGUCCCGAGCAGCAUAGGUGGGCUUAACCGACUCUUGAUUCUUGAUAUGAGUGGGAAUGCGCUGUCGGGCACCCUGCCCGUGACUCUAGGAGGGUUGACGGCCCUGUUAAAACUCGACUUGAGGGAUAAUCAAAUAGAGGGCGAGAUUCCGAGUGAGAUUCGGAAUCUUAAGAACCUCACACUUUUAGACCUUAGUAACAACAGGUUAAGUGGAGGAUUGGUUGAAUCUAUUCAAGAAUUGGGGUCAUUGCAAGAAUUAGUCCUCUCAAACAAUCCCAUUGGUGGAGACAUAAUGAGUAUUGGAUGGCAAGAUUUGAAUUGUAUAACUGCUAUGGAUCUGGCCAAUACGAGCUUGACAGGUGGCAUCCCAGAGUCUCUAACACAUUUGAAAAGUCUAAGGUUUUUGGGUCUCAAUGACAACAAGUUAACAGGGGAUAUACCCUCAAAGAUUGCAACUUUACCUAAUGUUAGUGCAAUCUAUCUCCACGGCAACAAUCUCACCGGCGAGCUCGAUUUCUCGGAGCUCUUCUACCGGCGGAUGGGACGGCGCUUCGGGGCGUGGGGAAACCCGAACCUUUGCUAUCAAGCUGAGCUCGAGUCACCCACUUAUGCGCCCUUUGGGGUCAAGCUAUGUCGACCUCAAGUGAUCAAGUACGAAAUUGGUCUCGAUUCGAGUUCAAAUUUCGACAAGAAUUGGACACAUCACCCCGCAUCAUCAGUGCCUUCUUUGGAAUUCAAAGUGUUUAGUGUUAGUGGGCUACUUUUGCUUGUUGAGGCCUUCUUAGUCUUGGCUUAACAACAUUUUAAAAUUUGCUAAAUGUCACUCUGUAUAUGUAAUCAAGCUAAUUAAAAACUCAUUAUAUUUCCAACGAUA